AUUAAAUCUCGCACGCGAGGGUGAAAUAUCGCGAUAGUCUCCACUCUUCCUCACUACGUAAUGUGCCGUGCUGCUUAUGGCGGCGCUGGUGACAGUGCUGAAAGCUGUUGGGUAUGAAGUGAAAAAGAACUGACUUUUGUACCAUCUGAAACUCCUACUUCAAGUUCAGAUCAAUCGGAAGAAACAUAUCAAGGAAAAACAAAACGAAGAACACGCCUGAAAACGACCCAAUGACGCACCUGUUUUGAAGAAAAUUCUCGACCGAACUUCACACAGACCAAACGAAGCAACCAAAGAAAUAAGAAAAAAGAACCGCCUGACGCUACCGACCAUCAACGCUAACGGCAAAGACGAUUUGUGAUCUGAGACAAGAAGUUUGUGCCUACUCAACAGCUUUGACAAAGCACACGUCCCAACGCUGCUCCAAGCCCUCCUUAUCCUCCCCGCACUUCCACUCCAUUGGGGUGCGGAGUGGGCUGCUGUCUGCUAGUUUAACUUUUUCUCUUUCUGUUAUUUCGUGCUGUUCAUCUUGUCCCAACCAGUGUUCUCACACCUGCCUUUGCCUUGUUUCUUUAUUUCUUUUGUCCCUUUUUUUAUAAUUAUUUUUGGAAGCUGCUUUUUUUUUUUUUUUUUUUUGUUUGUUUGUUUGUUUAUGUUUAUUUAAACGUGUUCCAGGCAUCUGAGGAAAACAAAACCGUGUGUGUGUGCUUAAGAACAGAGAUUCGAUUCGGUUCAGUGUUAAGUGUGACGUCAAAACACCGUAUCAAGCCAUCUAAGCAAGAUGAGUUUCGAUCCAAGCCUACUGCAUAGCAAUGGCUUUGCCAACGGCACUGGAGUGGGCCUAAGGGAGACUGGUAUGGUGGAGAAGCUGCUGAGCUCCUAUGGCUUUAUCCAGUGCUCAGAGAGACAGGCUCGCCUGUUCUUCCACUGCUCCCAGUACAAUGGCAACCUGCAAGAGCUUAAAAUUGGAGAUGAUGUGGAGUUUGAGGUGUCCUCUGACAAACGCACAGGCAAACCAAUUGCCGUGAAGCUGGUAAAGAUCAAGGCCGAAGUCCUGCCCGAAGAACGAAUCUCUGGGCAGGUGGGACCAGACUUGCACGCCUCUUCCUUUACUAUGCUGCAUGGUUAUAUACAUCCAGUUGUUUCUGCCAUCCCCAACCACCUGGAUGGAAGGUCUGCUCCUGGCCAGGUUCCCACUGGCAGUGUCUGCUAUGAGAGAAAUGGGGAGGUGUUCUAUCUCACUUACACCCCUGAUGAUGUGGAGGGUAACCAACAACUGGAAACGGGUGAUAAAGUCAGCUUCUACAUGGAGACUAACAAGCACACUGGAGCAGUCAGUGCUCAUAACAUCAUGCUGGUCAAGAAGAAACCAAUGAGGUGCCAGGGUGUGGUGUGUGCCACUAAGGAUGCAUUUGGAUUUAUUGAGCGAGCGGACGUGGUGAAAGAGAUUUUCUUUCACUACAGUGAGUUCAAAGGUGACCUGGAGGCACUGCAGGCUGGAGACGAUGUGGAGUUCUCGAUCAAGGACCGAAAUGGGAAAGAGGUUGCUACGGAUGUUCGUCUUCUCCCCCCAGGGACGGUUAUAUUUGAAGAUAUCAGCAUUGAACAGUUUGAGGGCACGGUCAUGAAGGUUAUCCCUAAAGUUCCCACCAAGAAUCAGAAUGACCCGUUACCUGGACGAAUUUGUGCAAGGAUUAAUAUCAACCAAAAGGAGCUUCUGUUUGGGGAGAAAGACACCAAGUCCAAAGUGACGCUUCUAGAAGGAGACCAUGUCCAGUUCAACAUUUCAACAGACCGCAGAGACAAGCUUGAGCGAGCUACAAACAUAGAUAUACUACCUGACACCUUCCAUUUUACUAAGGAGUCUCGUGAAAUGGGUGUGAUUGCUGCAAUGCGUGAUGGGUUUGGCUUUAUUAAGUGUGUGGACCGUGAUGCUCGAAUGUUCUUCCACUUUAGUGAGGUUUUAGAGGAAAGCCCACUGCACAUUUCAGACGAAGUGGAGUUUACUGUUGUUCCUGACAUGCUGUCAGCCCAGAGGAACCACGCAGUGCGGAUCAAGAAGCUGCCCAAGGGCACAGUGUCUUUCCACACACAGUCUGAACAGCACUUCCUAGGUGUUGUGGAGAAGGAGGCCACAGCUGCCUCCAAUGGAAAGACUAAUGCCAGCCCUAGCAAGGGUAAAGAAAAGGAAGGUGAGGAAGGUGUGAUUGUGUAUGAAGACUGUGGAGUAAAGCUGACCGUACCCUAUUAUAUCAAAGACCUUGAGGGUGGCAUCCUCCCUCAGCUCGGAGACAAGGUGGAGUUUGCAGUCAGUGAAGUAAAGCGUACAGGCCAGCAGAGCGCUGUCUCCAUCAAGAUUUUAAACCGCACCACUAACACCAAGAGGCUCCUGGGCUACAUAGCGACACUCAAGGACAACUUUGGCUUUAUCGAAACUGCCAAUCAUGACCAGGAGAUCUUUUUUCACUUCAGUGAGAUGUGUAGUAGCAUGGACAACCUGGACCUGGGAGAUACGGUGGAAUACACUCUGUCUAAGGGCAAAGGAAACAAAGUCAGUGCUGAGAAGGUCACCAGAGUCCCACAUGUGAAUGGACUGGGUGAGGAUAUCGGCAGUACUGUGCUCUCGGGAAAGGUGGUCCGGCCUCUGCGUAGUGUGGAUCCCUCUCAGACUGAAUACCAAGGACUUAUUGAGGUAACAGAAGAAGGCUCCAGUAAAAGUCAGAAUUACCCAUUCGGAAUCGUUAGCAUGACCAAUAAACGAGAUUGCCUGCAGAAAGGCGAGAUGGUGAAGUUUCAGCUGUGUACCAUGCCUCAGACAGGACAAAGGAUGGCAUGCAACGUCGUUCCACAACGUAGGGCUCUGGUGGAAUGUGUUAAAGACCAGUUUGGUUUCAUCACAUAUGAGGUAGGCGAGAGUAAGAAGCUGUUCUUCCACAUGAAGGAGGUGCAGGAUGGCUUGGAGCUCCAGACUGGAGACGAGGUGGAGUUCUCAGUUAUCCUGAACCAGCGCACGGGGAAGUGCAGUGCCUGCAAUGUCCGGAGAGUCAGUGAGGGUCCUAAAGCAGUGGCAACUCCUCGACCUGACCGGCUGGUGAACCGCCUGAAGAGCAUCACCCUGGAUGAUGCCAGCGCCCCGCGUCUGGUGAUCAUUCGACAACCUCGGGGCCCUGAUAAUUCAAAGGGCUUUAAUGUAGAGAGGAAACCUCGCCAGGCCGGUGUGAUUGACUGAUCUACUGUUUGCUGCUCCUCCCUCUCCACAUUGACGACGCCUCCGAGAAAAGAAGCAAUCAAGACUAAAAGACAGGGAGGGAUUUGCACUGUUAUAAACAUCAAUAAGAAUAAACAUCAAUAAACAUAAUAAGAAGCCACACACACAUCACCCCUCACCCAUUCCCAAAUUCCUUUCUGAAAGAAUCGAUCAUCUCUGACCUUGCAUAUUAGUGUGGUUUUUGCGCAUUCGUCAACAACUAUUCUUUUGGUUGUGUGUGUAUGUGUGCAUUUUGUGUGAGUUAUCUCAAGUAUUUUUUAAGGAAAUGUAAGUGGAGUGUGUUGCAGUGUUGGAGGAAAAAUGGGACUUGGUGGUUCUACCACCUGAUGAUGGCUGACGUUUCCAUUUCAAUACAAAAUUAAAUUGUAUGGAAUUCUGCACCCCACCCACCAACCCACCUUGUUCAACAUCUUCCAAAUCAAGUGUUUGACAGACAUUGCGCUUAUGUACCUUUACCCUUUCUUCACCUGCUCUGUUGUUCAGCUCAUGUUUUACAACCACUCUGCUCUGAAAGAUCACUGCUUAAGAUGUGCUCAUUAUCAUUUGUCUGAAUGCCCCUUCUUUCUAAUUGAAUUUUUUGAACAAGUUGUGUUUUUGUUUUUUUGUUUUUUUUUCUUUGCUUUUUUUUUUUUUUUUAAUAGCUGUGCUUGCUUCUGCACCCUCCUUCCUGCCCUGUUAUCUUUUGCUUUCAGGUGCAGAAUUCCUAAUAGCUUCUCAUAUUUUUCAGUCCUUUUAUAUUGUUUUCCUUUUUCCCCCCAUUGCACACACCUUUUUUGCUUUUUUUGCUUUUUAUUUGUAAACAUUUCAAUUUAACAUGCUUCUAACAAGAAAAUAAAAGUAAGAUUAAGGUGCCUAAAGACUCUAAAUAAAACAAAACAAUCCCAACCACACAAUAGAGGUAUACUGUUUUCCUGGACAAUUGCCAAAAAAAAAAACAAAAUCGUAGGGUGGUUAGGUUUAAUACUUAUCUGCAUCCCUAAGACCUGUGGAUAAAGUAUACUAUAUGUAAUGUGUGCUAUUAAGUUAGUGGGAGGUUUAAAAUAAAAAAAACACAAAAAAAUUUACAAAACACCAAAAAAACAACCCAAGUCUACAUAACCUGUGAGAUUAAAAAGGGGAAACAAUACAAAAGGUUUCAUUCAGAAACUCUAAGUCGGGAUUUAAUGUAGAGACUAUUUGCUGUGCUCCUUACUGAAAAUCAAAAUAUUACUGUUAAGACUUUUUUUUUUUUUUCCCCCUCUGGAGAUCAGUGGGUUACUGCAGUCUCAUCGGUUCUCCUAUAUACUUUUGUUAAUGGUCUUGAAUGAAACAAUUGAAAUAAAUGUUUUAUGAAAACAA